UGCCCCGCGCGAGGUGGAGGAGGUCACCUGGGCGGCCGCGCGCGCGGGUCGGCGCUAGGACCCGAGCGGCGCACCUGUUGGCCGGCGCCCCGGGCCCCGCCCGCCCUCCGCCCCGAAUGCCCGGCCCGGCGAGCGCCCGAGCGGCGGGGACAGUGCGAGCCGAGGGCAUCGGCGUGGUGGUGUUGGCGCGCGGCCCCGGAGCACCAUGGCCGAGCUGCUGCGGAGCCUGCAGGAUUCCCAGCUCGUCGCCCGCUUCCAGCGCCGCUGCGGGCUCUUCCCGGCGCCGGAUGAAGGCCCCCGCGCGAACUGCGCGGGCCCGGCGGAGGGUGCGGCGCGGGGGCCAGCGCAGCUCCCCGCGGCCAACGGCAAGGGCGGCCGGGGGCCGGCCAACGGGCUGCGGAGACUCGCGGCCCCGCAGGCUUAUGUACAGAAGUACAUUGUGAAGAAUUAUUUCUACUAUUACCUAUUCCGAUUUUCCGCCGCUCUGGGUCAAGAAGUCUUCUACAUCACAUUUCUUCCGUUCACUCACUGGAACAUUGAUCCUUAUUUAUCCAGAAGACUGAUCAUCAUAUGGGUUUUGGUGAUGUAUAUUGGCCAGGUGGCCAAGGACAUCUUGAAGUGGCCUCGUCCUCUCUCCCCUCCUGUGGUAAAGCUGGAGAAAAGGGUGAUUGAUGAGUACGGAAUGCCGUCCACCCACGCCAUGGCAGCCACAGUCAUAUCCUUCACCCUCCUCAUCUCUACCAUGGACAGAUACCAGUAUCCCUUUGCUUUGGGACUGCUGAUGGCUGUGGUGUUUUCCACCUUGGUGUGUCUCAGCAGACUCUACACCGGGAUGCACACGGUGCUGGACGUGCUGGGUGGCAUCCUGGUCACUGCGGUCCUCAUCGUCCUCACCUACCCGGCCUGGACGCUUAUCGACCGCCUGGACUCGGCCAGCCCCCUCUUCCCCGUGUGCGUCAUCGUGGUGCCCUUCCUCCUGUGUUACCACUACCCCGUGUCUGACUGCUACAGUCCAACCAGGGCCGACACGACCACCAUCCUGGCCGCAGGGGCGGGGGUGAGCCUCGGGUUCUGGGUCAAUCACUUCUUCCAGCUCGCGUCCGCGCCCACCGAGCCUCUCCCUGUCGUCCGGGACAUCCCGCCGCUCACCACCGGCAUGUUGGUCGUGGGGCUGACCAAAUUUACCGUGGGCAUCGUGUUGAUCCUUCUAGUGCGCCAGCUGGUGCAAAACCUCUCCCUGCAAGUGCUCUACUCGUGGUUCAAGGUGGUCACCAGGAACAAGGAGGCCAGGCGGAGACUAGAGAUCGAAGUGCCUUACAAGUUCGUCACCUACACGUCCGUGGGCCUCUGUGCUACGACCUUUGUGCCAAUGCUACACAGGUUUUUGGGGCUGCUCUGAACCCCAAAGGAGCUGGAGGGCAGCCCCCUGCACGAGGGAGCCCAAACACGAAUGGGGUGGGGUGGGCAGGUGUUGACAAUACAUUUUCCUUAAAAAAAAAAAAAUCCUUAAGCCACGUGUCUGUGCUGCUGAGAGCAGAGGUCAGUGCUGCCACUGCGGGGAAGGACAUGCUGUCUCAUAGGGACAUCAGUCCGUAAGCGUCGGGCUGCGGGGGAAGCCAGGCUAAACCCACAGUCCGCUCUUGAGGGGUCCCCCACCCUGUUACGCGGCCUUUGGACCUCGUCGCGGGCUGGCAGGAACUGCGGCCUGGCUUGGGAGAUCCAGGAGAGACAGACAUGAUCUGAGAGGCUGGAGGUCAGGCGUCUCUCUUCUGUCAUGACCUCGCCCAUCACGGGGCCUCACGUCCAGACUUGGAACUUGAGUCCGGAGAAAGGGUGGCUUCGUGUAGAACUGCCUUCCUUGGACAGGGUGACAUUUUUGUUAUGAUCACACUAGACUGUGCCCACUUGGGUGGCAAGAGCACCGUGGACCCCACCGUGGGGCGGUAAGGGAUGAGGGCGACCCUGGGAGAUCGUGGACAGGAGCCUGUUUCCCUCCUCGGUCCCACUCUCCGGGGGGGUCCACUCGUCUGUGCAUUUUGCAGAACUCCAGGUCACGUUGCCACACUCUUCUGAUCCCUGAAACCCACUAGUUGUCCCACCUCUCUUCGUCGGGGCUUCCCGGUGUGUCCUGCUCUCUCCUGCUUCACCGUGACUCGGGACCAGCCCUCGGCCCAGAUUUGGGUGUUUUAUGCUUCUGUACAAACUGGGGAGGUACUGUCCUGUGCCUGCAAGAGUGGCCCAACAGAACAGAUGAACUGAGUCCUCCCUGGGGCCUGACAGGGAGGGAACAGACCUCCGGGGCCUUGCUCCUCCAUUUCUGUUACUUUCUGUAAACCGAUUUUCUCACCCACCAAAUAGACUCCCUUUCCAUCCCCCCCGCCCCCCCUACCUUAUCUCUUGGCAAUUUUAAGGGUAAUUAAUGCAAGAACAGGGUCAGCCUCUCUUGGGAAGACAAGCUGACCAAACACAACACAGCCUUUAAGCCCGCGCGUGUCCUCGUGAGGCAUAGGAAGGCCACGACAGGGGGACACGUCCUCUGAGGGCACAUCUUCAGGUCUUAAGGAUAAGGAACAUGCAUCAACAAUCUUCUGAAAAGUUGGCAUAAAUGCGUAGUUAAGAAGCAUCUUUUGAGGGCGCCUGGGUGGCUCAGUUGGUUGAGCGACUGCCGUCGGCUCAGGUCAUGAUCCUGGAGUCCCUGGAUCGAGUCCCGCAUCGGGCUCCCUGCUCAGCGGGGAGUCUCCUUCUCCCUCUGACCCUCCCCCCUCUCAUGCUCUCUCUAUCUCAUUCUCUCUCUCAAAUAAAUAAAUAAAAUCUUUAAAAAAAAAAAAAAAAGAAGCAUCUUUUGCUGUGCGGUACCUGAACCACCGAACCCAAUGACUUGAAUCCCAACACGUCAUUUCCACGCACACACUUCAGGGUUAGGCUCUUCCCUCUGCCUCCAGUGUGAAAACUGAAAACCCCGUUUGUCCUGAUUUCAAAUAUG